UCAACCUCGAAGAAAAUUGUUCUUCUUUUCAGCUCGGAAGUUGCUGGAAGGCUUUCUUUGAGGGUUUCCCGUUGCUUGGUUACGUAACUAUCACUACUUCGUUUAUUUGUACGGCAUUCAUAGGAGCCCUUGCCUUUUGAAUAAGAUGUGGUUGUGAUAGUGGAAGCUUGCCAUCUCCACCUACGAGCAACGAGUAAUUCGCUAGAAACCGUGGGGGUUACAGAUCGCGGCAUGCCGGGAAAAAUAUGUCCGACUGGUACAUUGAAGACUCCAAAAGUGUACAAGCUAGUGCUUACUGGUGGACCAUGCGGAGGGAAAACCACUGGGCAGGAUCGCCUCGCCACGUUUUUCGAGAAUAUCGGUUGGAAAGUUUACACUGUGCCUGAGACUGCUACCAUUCUAUUUGGAGGCCGAGUUAAAUUUGAAGAGUUGAACUAUGAUCAAGCCUACCUUUUUCAAAAGGAUCUGCUUAAAACUAUGCUUCAAAUUGAAAACACAUAUUUCAACCAAGCCGCCGCAACCACUGAUCGUAACGUCUUGAUAAUUUGUGACCGUGGUGGAAUGGAUCCUUCCGCGUACACUGAUCGCGAUUCUUGGCUACGCAUGUUGAAAGAAAUCGGUGUGGAAGAAUUUGAUCUCCUCAACAAUCGUUAUGAUCAGGUUGUGCAUCUGGUAACUGCUGCAGAUGGAGCGGAACAAUACUACACACUUGCUAACAACACCACUAGGAAAGAAAAUCUUGAAGCUGCGAGACAAAUGGACCAAAAAACCAGGAAGGUUUGGUUGGGUCAUCCAUAUGUGGACAUCAUUGACAACUCGGAAUGUAGAAAGUUUGAGGACAAAGUCUUGAAAUUGAUUCAAGUUGUUUGCGAUCGUACAGGUGUCGACUCUCAAGAUCGCCUUAGCAAGAACAGCAGGAAGCGUAAAUGGCUGGUUAGAUCGAUUGAUGAAAGUCGUUUUGUCAAAUACGAGCAGUUCAACAUCAAACAUCAGUAUCUCCUUUCGGACAAUCCGAAGUCGCAGGUUCGCAUUCGUUCUCGUGAGCAGAAUGGUCGUUCGACCUAUUCCAUAACCAAACGAGAUCUCGUGUCAGGCAAAGAUUUCGUGGAAACAAGAACACAAAUUACAUUCCGCGAAUAUAUGCGCUAUCAGGCUAUGACAGAUACAAGCCGUUUACCGCUUCAUAAACAAAGGCGAUGUUUCAUGGUUGGUAGCCAGUACUUCAAUCUUGAUAUCUAUACCGUACUACCACCGUCCGCAUGCCCAUUGCAAAUCGACGGUCAUUUGAUGUUUCUUGAAACCUACACCACCAUUCCCAAGGGCGAACCACUACCUCUCCCAGAUUUCCUCACCAUUGAGAAGGAAAUUACUGGCCAAUCUGCAUACAGUAUGUAUUCUAUGUCUAAGAAACCAAAUGCGGUUUGCGAAGUAGAAGAAUUUCUUGGAGCGGCUGAAUUCAAGGACGAUUGAAUAAUCCAAGGAUAGAAGUAGAGGCGAAGAUUUUGAGUUUUUUAAUCGAAAAUUGCUGAGCUGCCAUGAUCGAUAUGGUUAUCGAAGUGAAGUGAAAAAGCAUAUUAGUUGUGCAGGGUAUAAGGUACGUAGAUUAGGAACCGGUCGAUCAUUGCUCAUUUAUCGGUGGCAAUCCUGUGACAGUGAAUCUAAUCAGUAUAGGGAUAUUCGUUAUGCAGCCAUGAUUAUGAAUCUUCAGUCAUACAUUUAUUUUCAUUUGCCUUUACCGUUUUACUUUCGCAUUUUAAUUAUAUUUGAGGAAGCUUUACUAAUUCUUAUUGAUUUUUUUGUCAGUAGUUGAGAAGAUUGAUAUGUUAUUUCCGUACUCAUUGUUUGUUUUACAUAUCUUUACUUUUGGCAAUUCCUUGUAUCACUUUGCAGAUUGGAUAAAUUUUAUCUAUCGACGCUUUUGUCGUG